AUGGCUUCUACAAACGCCGCUUUCACUUCUGGACGCCAGCAAGACACAGAUCUUCGCCGCCGAAAUGUCCCGGAAAUUAGAACGAACGAUGGCGAUGUCUACAAUGUCGACGCUGUCGAAGCAAAGAAAGCUUUCAAGCCAAAGUCCUCCCUUGUUGACGACUUGGAACCGAUCCUUGCCCCGAUAAUCUUCACGGCCAUUUCUUUCUUCACUCGCAUGUACCGUAUCGGCCUAUCCAACAUUGUUACAUGGGACGAGGCUCAUUUCGGAAAGUUCGGCUCUCACUAUUUGAAGCGCGAGUUCUACUUCGAUGUUCACCCACCUCUUGGAAAAAUGCUUGUCGGUCUGUCCGGCUAUCUCGCUGGUUACAAUGGAUCCUUUGAAUUCAAGUCCGGUGAGGAGUACCCGCCAGAAGUCAAUUACGCCUUCAUGCGGAUAUUCAACGCUUUCUUUGGAGCCGUUUGCGUGCCCCUCGCCUACUACACUGCCCGCCAAUUGAACUUCCGUCGACCAACUGUUUGGCUGAUCACAAUGAUGGUGUUGUUCGAAAACUCGUACGCUGCGAUAUCCAGGUUCAUUCUGCUCGACUCAAUGCUCCUCUGUUUCACUUUUACAACUACCCUUUGCUGGGCUCGGUUCCAUCGACUACGCAAUCAAAGUUUCUCCUUUGAGUGGUAUGCAUGGCUCCUACUCACAGGCAUAAGUAUCGGUUGUGUGUGUAGUGUCAAGCUUGUGGGACUCUUUUGCACUGCUCUGGUGGGACUUUAUACUGCCGAAGAUCUCUGGAACAAGUUUGGUGAUUUGAGGGUGUCCAAGGUGAAAUUGGCUCAUCAUGUCGUUGUGAGGGUGGUUUGUCUCAUCGUUGUCCCGAUUUUGGUCUAUAUGUUCUCGUUCUACUUGCACUUUGUAAUCCUGGAGAACAGUGGACCAGGUGACGCUCAAAUGAGCUCUCUGUUUCAAGCGAAUCUGAGAGGAACUGAGGUUGGCAGGGACAGCCCUUUGGAAUUGGCUCUAGGCUCCAGGAUUACCCUUAAAAACAUGGGUUAUGGUGGCGGUCUUCUACACUCUCACAUUCAAACCUUCCCAGAAGGCUCGAAUCAGCAACAAGUCACCUGCUACCACCACAAAGAUGCCAACAAUGAUUGGUUCAUCUACCCGAAUCGCGACCAGCCUGAGUUUAACCCCGAAGACCCUUUGAGUUUUGUCGGCGAUGGAGAUGUCAUCCGUCUUAUCCAUGCCCAGACUGGACGCAACCUGCAUUCUCACUCUGUCUCUGCGCCUGUUACCAAGGCUGAUAAUGAGGUUUCCUGCUACGGCAACACUACUAUCGGAGACGAAAAGGAUCACUGGACCGUAGAGGUCUUCAACGACGCCGCAUCUUGGGACAAGAGCAGAAUCCGCACUCUUACGACUGCGUUCCGUUUACGACACACUGCCCUUAGAUGUUAUCUAAGAGCUGGAAAUGUGAACCUCCCUCAAUGGGGAUUCAAACAAAUCGAGACAACUUGCGUUAAAGAGAACAAGCCUCGGGAUGUCUACACCCACUGGAACGUCGAAUCUCAUGUGAAUGAAAAAUUGCCACCUGGCGAUCCUGGCUCUUACAAGUCUCCCUUCUUAAAGGACUUUAUCCAUUUGAAUGUUGCUAUGAUGACAUCAAACAACGCCCUUGUCCCUGAUCCUGACAAGCAGGACGAUCUCGCCUCCAAGUUCUGGCAGUGGCCAAUUUUGAACGUCGGUUUGAGAAUGUGUUCUUGGGAUGACAAUAUAGUCAAGUACUUUCUCCUUGGAAACCCGUUGGUUUACUGGGGAAGCACUGCAAGUCUUGCCGGCAUCGGUCUAAUUGUUGUCUGGUACUUGAUCCGAUGGCAACGGGGCUACAACGACUUGAGCGCUAGGGACAUCGAUCAUAUCCACUACUCUGGUCUGUACCCAGUGAUCGGAUGGGUUCUGCAUUAUUUCCCAUUCGUUAUCAUGGCCCGUGUCACUUACGUGCAUCACUACUACCCUGCGCUCUACUUUGCUAUCCUGUCAGCUGGAUUCUGCACCGACUGGCUUACCCAGAAGCUUAACCCGACACUUCAAUGGGGCGUGUAUGGAGUGCUCUACGGCGCCAUAAUCUCCCUGUUUGUUGUUUUCCGUGACAUCGUCUUUGGCAUGGAGGGCUCAAACCAGCAAUGGGCGCAUUUGAACUGGCUUAGCACUUGGCGUAUUGCCAACUAG